AGUGGAAAGAACAGAGAUGCUGGACUAUUGGAUCUGGUAGCAGCACGGUUUAUCAGAGAAGUAAGAACACGUUCUGCGUUUAAGCUGUGCCAGACAUUUGAUGGGGUAUUCCACAACAAAUUGGGAAAAUGCCUGUUAUGAAAGGAUUAUUAGCUCCUCAGAACACCUUUUUGGACACCAUAGCGACGCGUUUUGACGGCACACACAGUAACUUCAUUCUCGCGAACGCUCAGGUGUCAAAGGGAUUCCCAAUAGUUUACUGUUCAGAUGGAUUCUGUGAGCUGGCUGGGUUUGCGAGGACGGAAGUCAUGCAGAAGAACUGCAGCUGUAAGUUUUUGUAUGGCACCGAGACAAAUGAGCAGAUAAUGCUUCACAUUGACAAGACCUUGGAGGAUAAGAAGGAAUUCAAGGGGGAAGUCAAGUUUUAUAAGAAGAAUGGGGCUUUGUUUUGGUGCCUUCUGGACAUAGUUCCUAUUAAAAAUGAAAAAGGGGAUGUUGUUCUUUUCUUGGCCUCCUUCAAAGACAUCACAGACACCAAAGUGAAGAUUGCUCAGGAAGACAGAAGGGAAGAAAAGCACAAGGGGAGAGUGAGCACCAGAUCCAAUUUCAGCUCAGAACGGAUACGAAGUCGCACUGUGCUUUAUCACAUCUCUGGACAUCUUCAAAGAAGAGACAAUAAGAAUAAAAUUAAAAUCAACAAAAAUGUGUUUGGAGAUCCACCAGCUCUCCCAGAGUACAAAGUUGCAGAUGCAAAAAAAUCCAAAUUUAUCCUGUUACAUUACAGCACCUUUAAAGCUGGCUGGGACUGGCUUAUUUUACUGGCAACAUUUUAUGUUGCUGUGACUGUACCAUACAAUGUGUGUUUCAUUGGGAACGAUGAAGUAACACGAAGCACAACUGUCAGUGACAUUGCAGUAGAAAUACUUUUCAUUAUAGAUAUUAUUUUAAAUUUCCGAACGACGUAUGUCAGCAAGUCUGGGCAGGUUAUAUUUGAAGCAAGAUUAAUUUGUAUCCACUACGUAACAACAUGGUUAAUCAUCGAUCUGAUUGCUGCCCUGCCCUUUGAUCUCCUGUAUGCUUUUAAUGUAUCAGUGGUAUCACUCGUUCACCUUCUGAAAACCAUCCGUCUGUUACGGCUCUUGCGUCUGCUGCAGAAGCUGGAUCGAUACUCCCAGCACAGCACAGUGGUCCUCACCCUGCUCAUGAGCAUGUUCGCCUUGCUGGCUCACUGGAUGGCAUGCAUCUGGUAUGUCAUUGGCAGGAUGGAGAUAGAGGCUAAUGAUUCUUUCUCUUGGGAUAUAGGUUGGCUUCAUGAACUGGGGAAGCGUUUGGAAUCUCCAUACCAUAAUAAUAACAGUCUUGGCGGUCCCUCAAUUCGAAGUUCCUAUAUUGCUUCUCUCUACUUUACACUGAGCAGCCUUACCAGUGUUGGCUUUGGAAACGUCUCAGCCAACACCGAUGCAGAGAAGAUCUUCUCAAUCUGUACUAUGCUGAUAGGGGCAUUGAUGCACGCACUGGUGUUUGGCAAUGUGACUGCUAUCAUACAGCGCAUGUACUCCAGAUGGUCCCUCUAUCACACCAGAACAAAGGAUCUGAAAGACUUCAUUCGGGUCCAUCACCUGCCACAGCAGCUGAAACAAAGAAUGCUGGAAUAUUUCCAAACAACCUGGUCUGUCAAUAAUGGAAUAGAUGCUAAUGAGCUGUUAAAGGAUUUCCCAGAUGAAUUGCACUCAGACAUUACUAUGCACUUGAAUAAGGAGAUUCUGCAGCUGUCCCUGUUUGAGUCUGCGAGCCGCGGCUGCCUCCGGUCCUUGUCAUUGCACAUCAAAACCUCUUUCUGUGCUCCUGGGGAGUACCUCCUGCGGCAGGGAGAUGCUCUGCAGGCUGUCUUCUUUGUCUGCUCAGGUUCCAUGGAGGUGCUCAAAGAUGACAUGGUCCUGGCAAUUCUUGGAAAAGGAGACCUAAUUGGAGCCAACCUUUCGAUUAAUGACCGAGUGAUAAAAACCAAUGCAGACGUCAAAGCUUUGACUUACUGUGACCUGCAGUGCAUUAACCUGAAAGGACUUUAUGAGGUGCUGGACCUGUACCCUGAGUAUGCACACAAGUUUGUGGAGGACAUUCAGCAGGACCUCACCUACAACCUACGAGAAGGACAUGAAACUGAUGGAAUAUCAAGAUUGUCAAAAAAAACGUCACUAUCUCAGUCAGAGGGUAAAGGAUAUGGAUGCCUAAACCAGCAGCGUCACUCGAUUGUAGAAGAUGAGGAAGAUGAAGAAGAGGAGGGUGAAAGUACACCUCUUUCUCCUGCUUCACUCGACUGCAGAGCACCCCACAGGACCAGCAGCACUUUCUCUUCAAGGAAAGUACAAGACACAUCUCCUGCCAGGAUCUGCAGUCCACAUUCAGAUACAAGAGCCAGACAUGAAACAGAGUCAUCCAGCAAUACCAGGAACCAGGGGAAAAACCUAAAAUUACAUCUGUCAACAGUGAACAGCAUCGGUUCUCCUGAUCUCAGUCCAAGGUUUGUUGAUGGCACUGAAGAUGGUGAUGGCACAGAAGGUAAUCAAACCUUUGAGUUCUGCCCAAGACAAAUGCAAGAUUCACGUGGUGGAACUACAGUAAGAGAUUCAAAUCAAAUCAGUGCUACAGCGCUUGCUGCUAAGGCAGAAGAAACAAAACAGCAGAUCAGCCGACUACACCAGGAGGUUCGCACUCUGAGUCAAGAAGUAGCACAAUUAAGUAAAGACAUGAGAAAUGUUGUGUUUCUUCUUGAAGAAUUAUUAUCUUCAAAGAAAACUCCAGUAUUUUGCCAUACUCAUAGUACUUCUGUGGAGAGUUUUCAAACUAAAAUGACUUGGACAACACAACAGUCUUUCAUGCAUUCCCAAGCAGGGCAAAAUACUUGUCCAACAGCCCAACUUUCUCAAGGCAACCCAGUAUCAAGAGUUUUUGAAACUGACUCUUUACAUACCAGUAAUAGUCCACAGAGGGAUGGGACAAAUCCUCAGAGACCUAUGGAGAGUGACCACUAUUAUCCACCCUUCCACAUUCAAUUACUGCCCCAAGGGGAUACUUUACAAUACGUCAAAUGCACUUCCCCGCAGUCAGACUCAACAUUAACUCCUCUUCAGUCUAUUUCAUCCACCCUGUCUUCUUCUGUGUGUUCUUCUCCUGAAACAUCACCACAGUUUGUGACCGGCAAAUCAAAGGACAGUGCAGGGUCUUCCCAUGCUGCUACCAGAUCAUCUAGUCUUGAAAAUGUACCCAUGUUCUGGGACCAUCAGGAGAAAACCACUGUUUCUUUGCAAAAUCUACCAUUAGAAAUCAUGAAGGCUUCGAAUGAGUUCAAGGAUGACAAAAGCAUAUAUGUAUAAUGGUGCAAUGAUAAGCAGAACUCAAAGAAUGCCCCACAGCUGCCUGAACUAAAAGGUGUUAGUACUGCAUGACUGCUUGCUCUGAGGUCUUUCACUAAAAUCUAGGGGUUGAAACAGUUGGAAACCACUUAAAGUGAAGCUGUCAAAGAGAUACAAAUAUAUAUAUAUAUAUAUAUAUAUAUAUAUAUAUAACCAGUUUAUUCUGCAAAAGGUUUUAGAAGCAUGCUAUAAGGGUUUGACUGUAGUUUUACAUUCUUAGACAAUUUCAAUUAGCAUAUUGCUUGGGUUGACUUCAUUCAUGUAGUUGCUGAAUGGCCAUGCAGGUCACCGCAGCAGGAAGAUGAAGACAAAGCAACGUAAGCUCACUAUUUUUAUUGGGGGUUAUGAUCGUGUGCUCUGUAGAGAUUGCCCCUGAAGAAUAUCUGAAGCUCAGGCAGGGCUCCUGCUGUUCUGUCUGUCAGUUUUGCCACGGUGAGGGAACAGUUAGCACUGCAUGCCAUCUCCUAAACAAUCAACCCUAUAGAACCAGUAGAGGAGCACAAUAUUAGAAAUGGCAUGCUGCUCUUCUGUAAAUCAAACUCAUCAUUUAUUUAUUAAAUAAAAUUACUAUUUUUGUAAACCUGGUAUAGAAACUGUGUUUAAGCUAUGAGAAAUAUUUCUAAAGUGUAACGCUUUUUUUAGUAAAAGCUUGCCCUUCCAACAGAAAUAUAUGCAGUUAUGAUAAUGUAGGUAAGAAACUGUAGAAACUGUAGUUUAAUUCUGAGUCAGUUUGCUGCACGUUACAAGGAAUGCAUCAGUGAUUAUAAAAAUGAAAAACAAGGCAAUAUUUUAUUGAAAAUGUAAUUAAUGUAUGUAAUAUGUAUAAAUUACUUGCCUCUUAAAUCUGGUAGGCUUUAUGAGGGUAGCCUUAUUGUCAAGUAAAACUGAUCUGGCCAUAAUAGCCGAUGGGUUUUAUCAUCCAGAAAUGCAAUAUUAAGUCUCAUAUUAAGUAAUAUAUUAUAUGUUUACAUGUGUUGAGUUCAGUGCAUUACAUGCAAGAUGUCCGAAAACCACAUUGUCUUCAUCUCAAAAAAAAAAUGUUAUGCACAAAAUGUAUUCAUUGUGUGAAAUUAUUUACAGAUAACCUGUUAUAUGAUAAUAAAAAAUGUUAUUGCUGCCCGUUUUUUUUAAUCUCUUGUUCACUGAAUUGCAGAUUAGCCUGUUCUCUGUUAUUAAACGUUAUGGGGAAUAUGUAC